GUUUAGUUCCGAUAGUUCUCUCACCCACGCUUCUAUCUUCUUAUCUUCUCUCUCUAGACUGUCACAACCUACAAACCCAAAUCCAACCCUUGUUAGAAAAAGAAAAAACCCGGCCGUAAUGAAUGGCCUAGAGUAGAACCCAAGUAAACUUAUUUGUAAAAGAGAAAGAUUUAUCAGAGAGGAAAAGCUAUUUACAAACCCAGUUCUAUAUUUAGUAGUAUCACACAAUUCAAUUCAUGUUUUAGGUUACUCAGUUAUAGUUGAAUAUUUCCUUUUUUUGAUCCUUAUUUAUUAUUACCAACAACAAAAAAUGUUUAAUUAAAUAAGAAAUAAAAAAAAAAUAAUGGGUAGAGGAAGAGUUGAACUGAAAAGAAUUGAAAAUAAAAUAAAUAGACAAGUUACUUUUGCUAAGAGAAGAAAUGGUUUGCUUAAGAAGGCUUAUGAACUUUCUGUACUUUGUGAUGCCGAAGUUGCCCUUAUUAUCUUCUCUAAUCGCGGCAAACUCUAUGAAUUCUGCAGCAGCUCUAGUAUGGCAAAGACAUUGGAGAGGUACCAGAGAUGCAGUUAUGGCUCAUUAGAAGCAAGUCAAUCUUCUAAGGGAAAUGAGCAGAACAGUUACGAAGAAUACCUGACGUUGAAGGCCAACGUUGAUAUUCUUCAGCGUAACCAAAGGAAUCUAUUGGGUGAGGACUUGACAGAAUUGAACACCAAGGAGCUGGAGCAGCUUGAGCAUCAAUUGGACAAAUCCUUGAGGCAAAUCAGAUCCAUUAAGACCCAAAAUUUGCUGGACCAACUUGCAGAUCUUCGAAAAACUGAGGAGAUGUUGCUAGAAUCCAAUACAGCCUUGAAGAAAAAGUUAGAAGAAACUUGUGAAAAACUUAGGCAAAAUUGGAAUGUAGAGGAACAAAAUCAUCCUGCUCCUCAUCCUCAUCCUCAUCCUCCUUUCAUUCGACAAUUAGAUGAAGUUUUCUUCGAGCCAUUGCAAUGCAACAAUAACUCAUUACAACUUGGUUACAAUAAUACAGCUAUACAGAACCAUAUGAACAAUGCAUCGACUUCAACUCAUAAUCAAGAAAAUGGCAAUUUUGCACCAGGAUGGAUGUUUGAUUCCAGAUGAAGUCAUUUAUUUUGAAUUAUUUAUAUUAAGGUUUUUAUGAGUACACUAUUUUUUUUCCAUGAUAUUCUAAUUAUAUGAACUUGACUUGUAUUGUAAUGACACAUGUUCAAUAAUACUCCUAAACUCAAGGAGGCAUUUAUGUAUUGAAAUACAUUAUACCAUAGAUUUGUUCAUUUGGACACAUAAAA